AUGCGUUCUUCUAUCGCUUUGCUCGCCGGUCUGGCGGGUUCGACUCUCGCUUACCCUGCAGAGGUUUCUGUCGACCGCCGUACUUUUGGCCUUGUUGCUGAGAUCCUUCGCUCCGUCGGCCAUGAAGUUGGUUCUAUCCUCGAUACCGUUCUCGGUGGUGGUGCCAGCUCUCAAGACUCCGUCACUCUGCUCGCCGGCUUGAGUGCCCGCGGUGCUGCCGCUCUUGAGGGUGGUGCUCUUGGAUGCAGUCACUCCACCAUCCACGCUGGUGCCCGUGCUGAGCUGAAGACCUGGUUGGGUAGCCAGACUCCCAUUACUGGAUCCCUGAGGACCUCGCUUCUGUCCUGGUGUGAGGGCUCCGUCACCACUCUAGAUGCUGGUGUCACUGCCGGCCUGGCCGUCUACAUCCCCACCUGUGCCGACCUGGCUGCUAAGGAAUCCAUCUACGUCACCAUUGAUGGUAUGUUCGACGCCUCCGAGCUAGAGUCUACUCUUGUCCUCAGUGCCUCCGCUCAGGUUUCUCUUUCUACCUUCAUCUCCGCCCACGUCGACCUUGAUGUUGAUGUCAAGGCUGGUCUCCACCUCUGCGCUUCUGGUGGUAUUGUUGGCAGCUUGGGUGCUGACAUCAAGGCUUCCCUCCUCGCCUGGGUUCAGGGCUCUGACUGCGGUCUCGAUGUCGCUCUGAAGGCUUCAGUUCUUGCCUGGAUCAACGGCGAGGCUGGUACUGAUCUCGUUGCUAUUGGCUCUCUUUCCACCGAUGCCCUGACCUCCCUGUCCGUUGGAGCCUCCGUUGAGGUUCUUGUCGAUGAGUCUGGUGUUCUCUCCACCGGCGCCCUCGCUUCCAUUGCUGCUUUCCUCGAGGCCUAUGUCUCCGUUGACAUUGAUGUGAACGUCCGCGCUGCCCUGAAUGCCUGUGCCGAGGGCAAGCUAGCCUCUGCCUUGAGCCUCGACCUGCGCACUUCCAUCGCUGUCUGGCUGUCCAGCUCUGACUGCUCGCUCGGUGUUGAACUGAAGGCUGUUAUCCUGCUGUGGCUGUCUGUUGCUGUUACCGUCGAGGCCUCCGUAGACAUUGUCACUGGUCUUCUUGUUGACAUUACCUCCUUCCUGACUGAGGAAGUCAUUUCUCUUCUCAGCGUCAACCUCCGUGGUGCCCUCGGCCUCCUUGCCGCCGGCGAGAGCAUCACCCUGCUCUCCUGGGAUACUCGUGCUGAGCUUGCUGCUUUCCUCGGUGGCUGCACUCGCAUCGACAUCAGCGUUGUCGUUGAGAUUGUUAUUAUUGAGUGGUUCACCGGCUGCACAAUCCCCAGCUCCGGCUCUGGCUUUGGCUCAUCCCCAUCUGGUUCAGCCUCCGUGCCCAACCUGCCUUCUUCCACUGUCUCCAUCCUUCCAAGCGUCUCCGCCGGGACUGGCUCUAUUCCCUCCGGCCCUGCUCCCACUGGACCUGCCUCCACUGUCCCCGCUGGUUCGGGCUCCAUUCCUUCUGGGUCCUUUUCUUCUGGCUCUGCUCCCUCUACCCCUGCUGGCUCCGGCUCAGUUCCUUCCGGCUCUGGUGUUAUCACUAUAGGCUCUGGCUAUAUUCCUUCCGGCUCGGGUGCUAUCCCCAUCGGCCCUGCCGCUACUGAGACUGCUGUGAGCACUCCCUAUGCUGGUGAUGCUGGCGCUACCGAGACCGUCAGCUACAGCACUGCCUACACUGAGACCAUCGUCAGUGGUGGUGGUACCUGUGGUUACACUGAGACUAUGUACUCCACCUACACCGAGACCGCCCCUGCCCCCACCGCUGCUCCCACCGGUGUUUUCCCCGAGGCCACCACCAUCUAUGUCACCAAGACUGUCUGCGGAUGCGAGUAA